CCAAUUGCCCUGUGCCCUCCCAGUCAGAUCGCGCUCGCCCGGAACCCGUCUCCGCUCCGCUCCUCCUUCCCCUCCUCUUCUCACGCGACCAACGGAACCAACCUCUCGACGAUUCGUUGGGCUUUUUUUAUAAAGCAGUAUCUUCAGCACUAACACCGCCUUUUUCCCUGCAGGUGCCUGUCCCAACUCUACAAAUCUCAAGUGGAUGUGUCUUUUGCGCUGAACUGUUGAGGCGUUCGUUCCCAGACUCUCUUGCUCGCUCCGCUCCACUCACCGGCGGAAUUCUUCGUUCAUUCUCAGCUUCGGGGUUCUCUCGAUUGCAGGUGUCACUACUCGUAGAUGGUUGCACACGCCGCCUUUUUUCACUCUAGCAAAUCAUUGUAUUGCUCGACGCCGGUCAUCCUACACUACACUACUCCUUCACCUUUAAAUGCGAACAACAGCAGGAAACACAUGAUUUCGUUCGCGGCGUCGCAUUCACAGACUGACAUUUUGUGACAUACAUCAUUCUCGCUGAAAUCUGCUCAACGUUUCCAGCUGCCGUGUCGCCGCCCGUCCGGAUUACUUUCGGACUGUAACAUAUCUCUCGGGGCGUACGUGAAGACUGGAAAUGUUCGAGGAUUUGGAUUUGGGUACAGCUUGUAAGAAUUUUCAGAAUCUGGCCGCUGAUUUAGUAGAGCGGUGGCAGUCCCAGAAACCGUGUACAGAGUCGGGACGUUUUAACUACAUCAUGUUUGAUCAGAGCGGGGGAAAGGGGCGGAUCUUCCAGCACCCUUCUCGCCUGCUGCACGAGUUCCCGACGAGCUCUUCGUCGCCUCCGCAGCCUAACUCUCCAGACUUGUACCAGGACAUGUCUCUCCAGGAGUUCGAGGACACUCUUCUGAGGAACUCUGUGCAGGACAAAUGCGAUCCCCGAAUGGCGGCCUGCCGAGAGACGGUGGCUUCGGCCUACGCUGCAGUCCAGCAGCAGCAGCAAGACAAAAACGACGAUCAGAUUCGCCAUCAAAAUCCGACAGCUUUGUUUCCCGAGGAGGUUUACAGCGCAUUUCAAGCGAGCGAGGAGGAAUCCAGCCGAGCCGCAGGAGGAGGCUACCUGUACGAGGAUGCCGACGACUUGGAAGCGCUGCUAGGAUGCUCCGACGAGGAAGAGAGCAUCACCGGCAAUGCGCCGAGCAGCGAAUUGACCUGCCAUUUCGGCCUUCAGGAGGACGACAACAUCCGACCGUGCGAGCCUUCGUCGAGGAAGAGGCCGUGCGUGUUGGACGAGGAGGUCGACUCGAAAUUCAAGCGGCAGAGGUCGCAGGAGGAGGAGGAAGAGGAAGUCGAGGACAUUUGCAUCGGCACCUGCUCGUCGAGUGUCUCGGUGGUCGAUGCCUUCAGUGGCGAUUCCCUGGGUCCCCCUUGCGCCCUGGAGAGCGAAGCAGACGACUGUCUGGACGAGUCUGCGCUCGAGCUGCAAAUGCUGUGCGACGACUUCGGCUACGAGAUGCCUGAGGAGCAACAAUGUAGCUCAUGCAGCAAGGAGGACGGAGACGAAGGCGACUCGAUCUCAUCCGGCUCGGCCAGGAAGUCUAGGCGAGAUAAGAUUAAGAAGACCGUGAAGCUCUUGAGAAACAUCAUUCCAGGCGGAGAUUGCAUGGACACGGCCAUCGUUCUGGACGAGGCUAUACACUAUGUGAAGUUGCUCCAAUUGCAGGUUCAGACUUUGGAGGCCAAGAGGCUCGUCGAGAGAGUUCGGUGACCCUUGGGGCUCUUAUCUGCUCGAAUCUUCAUCCUCUUCCUACCUAAUUAGUCUUAUUUCUCGGCGAGGGUUUAGCCUAGUGAACGCACGCCCCGAAUAUAGAGAGGCUCAUACUCAUCUCCCCGCUUUGAUCACUACACCCUCCCCCACCCUUAGGAAUCUUGUGAAAAGCUCUCUCUUGUGAAAAUUUCUCUCCUUUUAAUCCCGACAUUGUAAGCAUGUUAACAUUCAAACGAAAUUUUUUUUUUGUGUUCCAGCACUUCUCGCGCUUAGGGUCAUUUUCAGAUGAGAGGGCAUCGUGAAGUCACUACUGUCUUCGCGUUAUGCCCUGUGAAAUCGCGGAACCCCUCGUUCACUCACGCAAUUUGCUCAAUGUUGCCCUCAGGCUAUUUGUCAAUAUUCACUAAAUGC